AUGGUUGAAGAUGAAAUUAAGCUUAAUGUUGCUCGCAAAAUGCUUUUAAAAAACGAAUGUGAUAGUGAUGAUGAUCUCCAUGUGGGAUCAAAUUGUCGUUUUUUGCAUUUUUCAAAUGACAAAGCAGAGAUUAAAAAGAGUGAGGAAUCUCAAUUCGGUCUUUUAGAAGUCGUUGAAAGAAAAGAUAAUAAAUUUAUUUUACAUAUUAUUCAAAAAAAUGAAUUCGACUUGACUCAAUUAAGGUUUGAAAAGGGAUUCAUGUUUAACAAAGAUGGUUCUGUAACAAGCGCAUCCGCUCAAGCAUUCGAAAUUAAUCACAAUGAAAUUAAGAUAGAAAAAAAAAAGUUUCAAUAUGAAGGUAUACAUGAAUGCAAACAUGAAACAGCCACAGAAUGUAAACGAUCCCUUAUAUUUGAUGUAAAGCUUUCAGCCGAUUAUUCAGAAUGGAUUUCUGCAUCUAUUGGAUUAUCGCAUGAAAAUUCAAGCCAAACACUUAAACAACACAUGAAGUAUACCAAACAUUCAUAUGAACGGAUAAUAAGAGGAGUAAUAUCUAUUUCAGAUAAAGUUAAAGCAGUAAAAAAUUUUACUGAGGAUAUUAAAAAUGUUGUGAAUGAUAAAACCCAUGAUAACGAAAAUGAUAAAAUAAGUAAACUUUGUGAAAUAUCGGGAAAAUAUGGCCACUUUUAUGCACGACGUCUUAUUUUAGGUGGGACUAUAAUAAGGCAUGAAGAAUAUACUAAAAAUUCAGUCGAAGAUUCUAAGACCAAAACCACUAAUGCACAAACUGGUGUUGGAAUAGCUAAAGACAUUUUUAAGGCUAAAGCUAAUGCCACUUAUGGUAAUAAGGAUAUGUAUACCAGUUAUCAUAACAAUACAAAAAAUUUCGAAACAAUUAUUGGUGGAGCAGACUAUUCACAAGAUGAUAAAAAUUCUUGGACACAGUCUCUUAAUGAUGCAACUAAAUGGAAAAUAAUUGGAUACGAAGAAGUUCAUUCAUUAUUUGAACUAUUAGAGGAUAAACUGAAAAUAAAAGUGUUGAAUAUCAUGGGUCAUCAAAUUUUAGAAGCCAAAGUCGAUGAAAUCCAUUUCAACAUUAAAGAAUAUGAAACCAAUAAGGAGCCAUAUAUCCAUAAUUUGUUG